AUGGAUCAUCAUCAUCACAAUCACAAGGAUCAUAUAGGUAUUUUUUUUUUGUUUUUCAGAAAAAAAAAUUAAAAAAAAUUUUUUUUUUUUUUGGAAUUCCGGAAAUUUAUUCACAAAAAUGCCCAUUUUCCCAUGAUCUAAAAAAAAAAAUUUUUUUUUCAAAAAAAAAUUUUUAAUUGAUUUUUUCGCGCCCAAAAAAACACUUUUCCAUGGAAACCGGCUUCAUUUUUGAAGGUUUUUAUCCCAAUUUUUUUGGCGCCAAAAACUACAGUAACCCAAAUUUUCGCUUCAGGAAAUCCAAUGGAGCACAGUAUGCCUUCAAUGCAUUCAAUGUCUUUUCAUUUCGGCACCCAGGAGACGAUUUUAUUUGAUUUUUGGAAAAUUGAAAGUGUUGGAGGUGAGUACGGUAGGGGGGUACUGUAGAUUUUUGGUCUAGGGGUACUGUAGACACGAAAAAAUGCGAUGUUUUGAGUCUAAAUGAGCCUAGGAUGAAAUUUUGUGCUGAAAAUGCUGGAAUUAUUGAUUUUCAGCAAUUUUCAGCUAUUCCAUGAUUUUCAGCACGAAAUUUGAGCCCAGAAACAUAUGUUUUUCUACAGUAAUCCCGGUUGAUCCAUUUUUUUUGGAAUUUUUUGGCACAAUUUUCUACAGUAAGAGUUUCUAGACCCAAAUUUUGCGCUGAAAAUGCUGGAAUUAUUGAUUUUCAGCGAUUUUCAGCUAUUCCAUGAUUUUCAGCACAAAAUUUGGGUCUAGAACAAGAUUUUAAAGUUUUCCCUAAACAUUUUGGAAAAAAAGAUUCCGGAAGCUCAGAAACUUCAUUUAGGCUGAAAUUUUGCGCUGAAAAUGCUGGAAUCGCUGAAAAUUGCUGAAAACUAAGAUUUCCAGCGUUUUCAGCACAAAAUUUGGGUCUAGAAAUUCUUACUGUAGAAAAUUGUGCCAAAGAUUCCGAAAAAAUGGAUCAACCUGGUUACUGUAGAAAAACAUGUUUCUGGACUGAAAUUUUGUGCUGAAAAUGCUGUAAUCGCUGAAAAUCGCUGAAAACUAGCAUUUUCAGCAUUUUCAGCACGAAAUUUGGGUCUAGAACAAGAUUUUAAAGCUUUCACUAAACAUUUUGGAAAAAAAGAUUCCAGAAGCUCAGAAGCUUCAUUUAGGCUGGAAUUUUGUGCUGAAAAUGCUGGAAUCGCUGAAAAUUGCUGAAAAUUGAGAUUUCCAGCGUUUUCAGCACAAAAUUUGGAUCUAGAAACAAGCCUAGGCCUUUUUCGGCCCCCUAGAAAAUCCACGUGUCAAUUUUUCAGGCCUGAUCUUCUCCAGCCUCAUCAUCUUCCUCAUCGCCUUCCUCAUGGAAUCAAUCCGCUUCUUCCGCGCCUUCCGCAAAGCUCAAAAACCUUCCGCUUCCGCGUCCCCAACCAAAUUCCAGCCCACAAUUCCGGACCUGAUUGAUCCGGUUCUCCAGGCCGCCCAAUUAGGCCUGGCCUAUUUUUUGAUGCUCAUUUUUAUGACUUUUAACGUGUGGAUUUGUGUGGUUACUGUAGUUGGCGAGGUUUUAUCGCAUCUUUUUUAUAAUGCAAUUUUUCCGUUUUUGUAUUCUGGAGCCACGAAUUUGGCUGAAAAUCAUUGCUGA